AUGGUGAAAAGGAAAAAGAACAAGUGGGGACCUAAAGCAAAGGAACGAUGGUGUGUGGACUGUGGUAUCAACCCGCAGCCAGGCACCAAUCGAUACACACCUGGUAAUAAUAUCGUCGUUGAAGGGGAACCUUUUGUUAUAUGCUUGCAGUGUCGUAAGUUCGGAGCAGGGGUCUUGGAAAAUGGGACGCUGUUACCUGUGUGCCAAACCUGCCGGCGAAUUACGAGAGCGAUCGAGAAACGUGUUGAGGAACGAGUUGAGGCUGAGAGAGCACAGCGUGAACGGGCACGACUGCGAGCUAAACAGGCUGAAAGAAGGGCCAGAAGACGUGAGUUGUGGGGAUCAUCAGGUUCUGAAAGCGAUGAGGGGAUCCCACCGAGUCCUACACCGAGUGAAGAGUAUAUGGAUAUGAUCCAGGCCGAAGCCGAUAUGUACAUGAACAGCCCUGGGCCUGGGUCCGAUUGA